AUGCUUGAAGAAGGUGAUCAAGACUUUAAAGUUAAUGAACACGAUCUGAUUAAUUAUCCUAGAGAGUGGCAAAUUUGCGUUAGGAGAAAGAACUUGGAAGAUGAAACAUCUGAGAAAAUGGGGAGAAACCUGUACGCAAUCUUGAAACUGGACAUGAAGGAUGUUCGAAAACAAUCACCAGAAGAGCAAGACAAGAUGAUUAGGAAAGCAUACCAUAAACAAAUGCUCAUAUUUCAUCCUGACCAUAAUCCAAAUGCAGACAACCAUAUAUGCCAAGAAAUUAUUAUGGCUUACAGCAUCUUAGGAGAUCGUGAAAAGAGAGCAAGCUACCACCUAACAGACUACAGCGGCGGUUGGUUAUCUAAAUCGCGUUGGAAAGCUAUAUUUAAACCUGAAGCUCACGGUAGACACGAAGGUCUUAAAAGAGUUGGUCUUUUGUUGUUCAGCGCAGUGUGUGUUGUAGGAGGCGUAGCUAUAACAGUAUUGACUGGUGGAUUGGGCCUUCCAAUUCUUAUCGUCGGUAACAUAAUCGCGGGCGGGUUGAUUGGAGGGUCAAUCCAAGGUGCCUUUAGAACGAUCAGUUACGACUCAAUCAAAAAUGGAGUAGAACUGAAGAAAUACGCGAAAAGUUUUGGAAUAGGGGCGGCUUUGGGUGCCAUUGGUGGUAUUGCAACAGCAGGAGUGACAAUGGCUAUAAUAGGGACAGGAAACACCGCUGUUGCUAUUGCUGAAGCUGCUGUCAGUGAUCUUAUUGCGAGCGGAGCAGCGUCAGGAUCGAUUAAUGGUGCACUUGCGUCUGUAUCGAAUGACAUGGAUUCAAUUUUAGUUGAUGGUAAGAAAAAAAAGUUAGCACAUAUUGGAAAAAAUGCAUUAGCGGGAGCUGCAAUUGGUGCAGGAGUUAAGAUGAUUGGAGUGGGUUGUCUUAAACUCGUUGCAAAAUUAAAAUUUGUCGAGAAAGUCGAAGGAGAGGCUAUCGAAAAAACAUGGGAUGAAGCAACGGCUGAAACUGUGAAUGAUGUUUUUGUGUCUUCGGUUUGUAGUUCAAUGUGUCAGUCCGUGGAGCAACCCAGUUUUUUCUCAAGUGAUGCACCGAAAAAUGCUGAAAACACACCUCAAAGUGAUUCUGAAAGUGCACCUGAAAGUGAUUCUGAAACUGCACCUGAAAGUGAUUCUGAAAGUGCACCUGAAAGUGAUUCUGUAAGUGCACCUGAAAGUUUCUACUUCUAUUCUGAAAGCGCACCUGAAAGUGAUUCUGAAAGUGCACCUGAAAGUGAUUCUGUAAGUGCACCUAAAAGUGAUUCUGAAAAUGCACCUGAAAGUGAUUCUGAAAGUGCACCUGAAAGGGAGGAUGUCGAACUAAGGUAUAUUUGUAAAGAGGCCUGGUUUUCGCGAAUGGUCGUGGAACAUUCUGGAGAAACGUUUUAUAGAGAUGGCGGCAAUUCAAUAAUGAAGAUUCCAAGAAAUACAUCUAAAGUCAAAGUGAGAUUCCAGGUAAUGCGUGGUCCAAAAAUCUGGUGUGAUGUAAAGAAGUAUAAUCGGGAAAAGAAAUGCUGGUGCAAGCCUACAGUACCUCACAUCUUUAAUUUUGAUGUACCUAUCACGUAUACGUUUACAUUGGAGGGUUCACUUUAUUUUGAAGCAGUAAUGAAGGUAACUGAUCAACACUAUCAUGAAGUUAACAUUAUGGAGUAAGCACUCAGCUUCAUAUACAUAACUCUGAUCACCAAAAUACUAUGUAACCUAGUAACUAUGCAGUAUUAACCCUUUGGACUUGAACACAAUUGCACCUAUAUAUAACAAACGUUUAUAUUGUAUCGUAAUGACGGGAUUUUAAUCACCAUGUAUAUCGUAUUUUCUUCAAUAAGAAACAUUGUGUAUGUAAUUUGUUAUUUUUCCGUGUGUGCAUGCUAGCUUAUAAACGCAGUUAUAUUCCGGUAUAUUUUAUGAUAACAACUUUUUGUAACAAAAACAAGUACGAUCGUACUAUAGUGGACCAGG